CAUCUUUUUUUUCGUUAUUUUACAUAACCUACCAUGUCUGCCGCUAACGAUCGUUUGAACGCUAUCAAGGGUCAUUUGUCUGGAAACUUCCCCAACGGUUUGUUGGCUGGUGAAGUCGCCAUUAUCACAGGCUCAGGCCAAGGCAUUGGCAAGAGCUGUGCUGAAGUUUUCGCCCGUGAAGGCGCUAUGGUUGUUGUCACAGACAUCGAUGCUGCCAAAUCAGACCAGGUGGCAGCUGAUAUCAAUGCCGCUGGCGGCAAGGCAAUUUCUGUUCCAGGUGACGUUCUCAGUGCCGAUUUCCCUGAACGAUUGGUUGAAGAAACUGUCAAGAACUUUGGCAAGAUCAACCAUAUUGUAAACAACGCUGGUUUCACUUUUGACGGCAUGAUCCACAAGAUUACUGAUAAGCAGUGGGAUUUAAUGUUGGCUGUUCACAACACGGCCCCUUUCAAGAUCAUUCGUGCGGCUGCCAAAUACUUGCGCAAGAAGGAUGGCGAAAACAAGUGCAUCAUCAACAUCUCCUCCACUUCUGGUCUCCACGGUAACCUCGGUCAAGCCAACUAUGCUACCGCCAAGGCUGGUGUGGUCGGUCUUACCAAGACUAUUGCCAAGGAAUGGGGUGUGUUUGGUGUUCGUGCCAACACGGUUGCUUUUGGAUGGGUGGAUACUCGUUUGACUCGUGCCAAGGAAAGCGGUGCGGCUAUUGAAGUUGGUGGUCAAAAGGUCGCUUUGGGUAUUCCUACCGGUAAUAAGGCUGCCGGCAAGGUCAAUGCCUAUGCUGACAUCCCUCUUGGCCGUGCUGGUACUGCCGAGGAAGUCGCUGGCUCCGUCUUGAUGAUGUGCACUCCUCUUUCCAGCUACAUCACCGGUCAUACCCUCGAAGUGACUGGUGGUCGCGGUAUCUAAAAAUUCUAUUUUUUUCCAACCUUUGAACGCUUUGCAGAUUCCCCAAUCACAUUUGUACAGAACCUUUCGUCGCUUUUCUUCCAAUGAAAUAAUAGUCCCAUACAAUAAAAAAAAACUUUUUUUUUUUCAAACUAAA